CAGGGCUCAGACACACUUCAGCUGAAGGAAGAUGGACUCUGGAAAAGUGAUAGAGGUGGCCGCUUUGGGCAGACCAUUCAGCCUUGGGAUGCUGUAUGACUGCCGCCAGGACACAGUCAUUCCUGGAUUAACACUGUGGGACUGUGAUGACUUGGAAAAAGACAAAAGAGAAAACCCAAAACCAAACAGCGACUUUGAGAUAGUUGCUUCUGAAUCAAUUGAUGACAAAUCUUCAGCCCUGGAUGUUGAAGCAUCUUUAAAAGCAAGUUUCUUAGGCGGACUGGUUAAAGUUGAAGGAUCAGCCAAAUACCUCAAUGAUCAGAUGACAUCCAAAAAUCAAGCCAGAGUCACACUGAAAUACAAAACCACCACAAAGUUCCAAGAGCUGUCAAUGAAUCAUCUGGGAAGAGGAAACGUGAAGCAUCCAUAUGUUUUUGAGAAUAAAAUAGCAACACAUGUGGUGACCGGCAUUCUUUAUGGAGCUCAAGCAUUUUUUGUCUUUGAGCAAGAAAGAUCUGAGAAAGAAAGUAAUCAAGACAUUCGGGGCAACUUGAAAGUGUUGAUUGAGAAGAUUCCAUGCCUAUCCAUUGAAGGUGCAGGUUCCUUAAAACUGGAAGAUAAGGACACUGAAAAAAUUAAGAAAUUCUCUUGCAAAUUCCACGGAGACUUCCUGCUUGAGAAGACUCCAACAACCUUUCAGGAUGCAGUAGAAGUCUACCAAAGCCUGCCCAGGCUGCUGGGAACCAAAGGAGAGAAUGCUGUACCAAUCAAGGUCUGGUUGCUGCCUCUGACAAACCUAGAUUCAGCUGCAGCUAAACUUGUUCGUGAAAUAAGCAUAGGAUUAGUUCAAGAAGUGCAAAGUGUCCUGGAGGAGCUAAGUGAGCUGGAUAUUAGGUGCAAUGACGCAAUGAGAAACAUCACAACUCAGCAGUUUCCGCAAAUUGGUAAAAAAGUUAAAAGUUUUAAAAACAUGUGCUCAGAGUUCAGGCUUGGAUUUCAACAAACAUUAGCAAAGAAACUUCCAUCAAUCCGAGGAGGUGGAGAAGAAGAGUCUGAGCUUGCAGAUAUCUUGAAGAAGAGGCAUUCCUCACCUUUCAACAGCAAAAACCUAAACGAAUGGAUGGACUGCAAAGAGAGGGAAAUAUAUGUCCUGAAAUCUUUCACCAGGAUGAUGAAAAACACCAAAAUCGUUCCGUCUCAAAACAGCCUUCAUGAGGAUAUUCUCAGUGCAGAACAUGCCUUGUGUUUUGUCUUCACCUCACUGGAACGUGAUGAGCCAUUCCUCUUUGCUUUGUCCAACUACCUCAAAGAAGGAACCAAGACUGAUGAUGCACACAUUUAUGAUGUUGAGAAGGAACAGUGGUACCUGUCAAACACCCUGGCAGAUGAGAUGAGAACAAAGGUGAAACUCUUCAGUGAUUUUGCAGAGGCCAACAAUGACAAUAAGAGCACAACAUUCCUGACAGUGGGUUUAACGGAUGAAAAUCAUGAAGGUUCAACCAUCUACCUCUAUAAAGAUGGAUUUUCUGUCAGUAAGAACUUUGAGCCUCCAUCCAAGCCUAAACGUGUGACAGCAGCUGACAUAAACCACACCAGUGUGAUCCUGAACAUUUCCCCUCCAUCAUUUGGAGCAGAGAACGUGACCUCCUACUCUGUUGAGUACUGUGUCUGUGGAGAAGAUGAGUGGAAGCAAACGAUAGAACCAAAGUCUGCUGAAAUCACGGUGAGCCACCUGAAGCCAAACACUGAGUAUCUGUUCAGGUGCAGAGCAGUGGCCUCAGCAGGCGUUGGACCAGCCAAUGAAAUCAAUGAUCCCAUUAAAACGUUACCCUGCAGUCCUCCUGGAGAGUGUCAAGUUGAACCAAACUCAUCUGAGAUUUCCCUUAGUUGGGAGAAACCUGCUGAGCUCGGACCAGAUGUUCAAAUACUGAGCUACAUUGUUGAAUAUGCAAGCACAGCCAACAGUUCAGAUGUAGAAGGUCUCCUUUGGAACCAAACAAGGUCAAGAGGUGAAAAGGCCAUAAUUUCAGGUCUUCACUCAGAGACACAGUAUGCGGUCAGGGUCAGAUGUGACUGUGGUGGAGCCGGCAGAAGCAAGGAAAGCAAGAUUGUUACAGUUUGGACAACAAAGCGGGAAUUUGGACGGCUUGCUGAAUAUCUGAAAGUCAUUAGCAAGAAAACAAACUCAAGUUUUCCAUCAGUUUAUGAAUUACAAUUGAGGGAGGAUGAAAUGGACAUAGAUGGCUGCAGAAGGUUUACAUUUGGUAAAGAAAGUCUAAGGUCCAACCGUACCAUCAUGCUGCUUGGAGCAACUGGAUCAGGGAAGUCCACUCUUAUCAAUGGAAUGAUCAACUACAUGGUUGGUGUAGAGUGGAACGACAGUUUCAGAUUUAAAUUAAUCAAUGAAGAUUCAUCAAGAUCCCAAGCUCACAGUCAGACCUCAGAAGUCACCGUGUAUGAAAUCUACCACCAGGAUGGGUUUAAAAUCCCUUACUCCCUGACAGUUAUAGAUACUCCAGGCUUUGGAGAUACCAAGGGAGUUACGAGAGAUCAGGAGAUCACAGAGCAAAUCCGAAGGAUCUUUACCUCUGCUGACGGCGUCACAGAGAUUGAUGCUGUGUGCUUUGUGACUCAGGCCUCUCUGGCACGUCUGACAGCAACACAGAAAUACGUGUUUGACUCGGUUCUUUCCAUCUUUGGUAAAGACGUGGCAGAGAACAUUAUCAUGCUGGUCACUUUUGCAGAUGGAAAGCAGCCACCAGUUCUUGAAGCAAUAAACGUCUCUGGGGUCCCAUGUCCCAAAAAUGACUUAGGAUUUCCAGUUCAUUUCAAGUUUAACAACUCUGCCCUUUUUGCACAUGAUAAAUGCCAAGAGAACAGUAGUUGUGUUGAGGAAUAUGCCGAAGAUGAAGAUGAAAGCUUUGAUGAAAUGUUUUGGAAGAUGGGGUUCAAAAGCAUGGAGAAGUUCUUCACUGCUUUGGGAAAUAUGACAUCUAAAAGCCUGGUGAUGACCAAGGAGGUUUUAAAAGAACGAAAGCAACUUGAGACGGCCAUUGAAGGUUUGCAACCACAAGUCAGAGCUGGAUUAGCAAAACUUGAAGAAAUUAAGACAACCAAAGAAAAGAUCAAGGAGCAUGAAGCUAUCAUAACCUCAAACGAGAACUUUGAGAUCGAAGUGGAUGUUAUCAAGCCAGUCCAGAAACAGCUCAAUGAGAAGGGAGUGUACAUUACCAACUGCCAGAAGUGUUCGAUAACAUGCCACUACCCGUGUGCGAUAGCAGCGGACAAUGAGAAAAAAGGCUGUGCAUCAAUGGAUAACAAUGGGAUGUGCACCGUUUGUCCUGGAAAAUGCAUUUGGAGCGUGCAUUUCAAUCAAAGAUACAAGUGGGAGUACGUUCAGGUGAGGGAGAAGAAGACGGUUCAAGAACUGAAAAGCAAGUACGAAAAAGCCGCCAAAGAAAAGCUGACCACCGAGCAACUGAUUGAGAGGCAAGAGGAGGAGAUCGCUCACCUGCAAGACAUGAUGCUUUCGCUUGUGGAUCAGUCAGCCAACUGCAUCACUCGUCUUCAAGAGAUCGCCCUAAGGCCAAACCCUCUGGCUGCUCCCGACUACAUCGAUAUGAUGAUCAAAGGAGAGGAGGCAGAGGCCAAACAGGGUUAUCAGGCGAGGAUCAAGUCUUUGGAGCAAAUUAAGGAGAAGGCCCAACUCAUCUCCAAAGUGUCUCGACGGGACAAUUUAACAAAAACACCAGAGCAGCUUUCUGCAGAGAGACAGAAAACGAAAGAAAGUAAAGGCAUCAUGCAGAAAUUUGCCAAUUUCUUUGGCUAUUCAGGCUGAGUUCAGCAGGUCUCUGGUUGGGAGGUUUUUCCAAGAAAUCAUUUGGAGAAGAAAUGUUCCGAAAGCAGAAUUGUGUUUUGGCACUUGUUCAAUUAUGCUUCAGUCAUGAAGCUUUUUGAGUUCAUCAUGUUAAUAAAUGAACUAGAUAAACAUUCAGGUAUUUAUAAUCAGCAAUGUAAAAACACACACAAACUGUAAUCUGAUGAUUCUAAUGAUUCAAGCCAAUGAAAUGCUGCACAAUCCUGAUUGAGGACUUUCGGUAGUUGGGUGAGUUAAUGUGUAAAGCUGUUGAGGUCUAUAGGUAGCCUCAGCUUAUUAAAUAUCAGUCUAAUAUUUGUAUUUGCCUUGCCAAGAUUGUUUGGGGUUCAGUUGUUCCUUCUUUUUCUCAAUCAGUAAUUGAUCAGUCCUGAUUCAUGAUAUAAUUUAGUUGGUACUGCUUUCUUGUCAUAGUGCUUAUUCCAUGACCAAUGACCAAAUGUGCUUCUGUUAAUGAAAAAUGAUUCAUUUAGUUUAAAUUACAAUAAUGAGAGUGUUGUGUUUUUGCUAUAAUUUCAUUUUAAAAGUUAAAAAAGGCAGUAAAAUGUUCAUGAUGUGAGAAAAAUUUAAGAGAACGCUGUAUUUCCCUGUGUGCUUAAAUGUUAAACUGAAAUAAAUGUUAUAUUGCAGAAUA